AUGUCAGUGCGAGCGCCGACGAAGCAAGGCUCUGCCUCCUCCCAGUCGCGCAAACGAAAAGUGCUGCUGAUGGGCAAGUCUGGCUCUGGAAAGUCGUCUAUGCGCAGCAUCAUAUUCUCAAACUAUGUCGCCAGAGAUGUCCGCCGGUUAGGCGCCACCAUCGAUGUAGAGCACUCGCACGCGAAGUUUAUGGGCAAUCUCACCCUCAAUCUAUGGGACUGCGGCGGCCAGGAUGCAUUUACAGAGUCAUACUUGAAUUCGCAGCGAGAAUCCGUGUUCAGCGACGCCUCUGUGCUGAUCUACGUCUUCGAUAUCGAAUCGCGGGAAGUGGAAAGAGAUCUGGAGACAUAUUCGGCCGUGGUCGCGGCGCUCAAAGAAUUUUCGCCAACAGCACACAUAUUUUGUUUGGUCCACAAGAUGGAUCUGGUUCAGCAUGAGCACAGAGAGCGGAUAUAUGACGAGAGAUGUCGCUUGAUCAUUGCGCGCUCGGAAGGCAUGAAGCUGGAGACCUUCGCAUCCAGCAUCUGGGACCAGACGCUGUAUAAGGCCUGGGCGGGCAUUGUCCAUAAGAUGGUCCCCAAUUUGGCAGCCAUCGAGAAGUUCUUACUCAAUUUCGCAGCGAGAAUUUCGGCUGAAGAGAUCAUUCUUUUCGAGAGAUCGACUUUCCUGAUGGUCACAUCGACAUCGAACCUCCCAUCUGCUGGUGGCGAGGACGACAACCCAAAUCCAGACCGGCACGAACGCAUCUCAAAUAUCAUGAAGUCCUUCAAACACACCGUCGCGAAGAACACGCAUACAACAGCUGCCGCAACCAACUUCAUCAUGGCUAAGGUGCAGACGCCAAGCUUUAAUUCCUUUCUGGCACGUUUCACCGAAAAUACUUACAUCAUGGUUGUCAUGCCUCCGGGCGAAGCGGAGUUUAAUUGUGCUGUACUCAAUACUGCAUUGGCAAGGGAGGCAUUUCAGAAAGGUACUGGCGUUGAAGGCUGA